UGCGAUAAAAUAUUUGCUACCUAUACGUAUAAGUUUAGUAAUUUUUUUAUUACAUAGUCUUGGCUCAACGGCGUUCAGUGUGUGAGGUGUCCAGAUUACCUUUAUUCGUUAGCGACUAGGAUUGUUUUUAGUAACGUGUUACAAGAUUAAGUGGUAUUCCAGAAUUGUGUUCUUAACAAAUAAUUACCAGUUGUACUAAAAUAAUCAUGGCUCAAGAAAAACCUGUAUUCGAUUAUCAUGAAGAAUCUCACGCCGAAAAAUUAGCGAGAAAAUCAAGAGAAUCCCCUUUUAUGGUCAUUGGAUUAGCUGGACUCGCAACCGCAGUCGGAUACGGUGGCUACGCUUUCAAAAAUCGGGGUUCCAUGAGUACCAGUGUCUAUUUGAUGCAAUUCCGUGUCAUAUCUCAGGGCCUCGUUGUGGGCGCCCUCACCGCUGGCAUGGCUUACACUCUAUAUAAUAAUCACUUCAAUAAACCGAAAGAAAUUCAUAAAAACUAAAAGCUGUGUUGCUUUUAUUAAUUUAUUAAGUACCAUGCAAGAAGGAAAAAAAAUUAUCUACCUACUAUUAUUUUUGAAUAAACAUAGGCUACAUGUGUAUUCCACCAACCCGCAUUGGAGCAGCGUGGUGGAACAAGCUCCAAACCUUCUCUUCAAAUAGGGAGAGGAGGCCUUAGCCCAGCAGUGGGACAUUUACAGGCCGUUACUUAAACAUUUAUUAAAAUACUAUUUAUUUGAAAUUGUUUGAACUAGCCAGCAAAAUUACACAAUUUACAGCUGGUAAAUUUUUCGAGAAUAAAUUAUUUUUAUGGUAUAUAUAAGGCCCAACAAGUCCAGGCUACAUACACAUUUUCGUAACAUGUAGUAUUAUAUAAAUUGUGUAUACAUAUAUAGAAAUAAAUAAAUUUUAGGUUUAUAAACACUGAUUCAAUAAUUAAAACAUAUGUGCUACAAAAAUAAUAAUAUUUUUUGUUUUGAAUCUUAUUUUUUAUUAA